AUGUCGAUCGGAGAAACCAGCCGGCCCGUGACGCUCGCCAUCAUCGGCGCUGGUCAGCGUGGAAGUGCUUAUGCUGCGUAUGCGGCAAAAUACCCGGACCUAUGCAAGGUCGUUGCCGUUGCGGAUCCGUGGAAGUUCCGACGUGAGAAGAUGAGCAAGAUCCACGAUGUGCCGAAAGAGAACCAGUACGACGGAUGGAAGAGCUUCUCGGAAGCCGGCAAGGUUUGCGACGCAGUAGCCAUUUGCACAAUGGACGACACGCACGCCGAGGUGGUGAGCGUGUUUGCACCGCUCGGAUACCACAUCCUCUGCGAAAAACCCAUGGCAAACUCGAUCAAGGACUGUGUGACCAUGGUCAACAACGUCCGCGACACGGAUCUCAUCUUCGGAAUUGGUCACGUGAUGCGAUACUCGCCGUACAACCGCGCAGUCAAGGAGGUGAUCGACUCGGGCGUGCUCGGCGAGAUUAUCAACAUUCAGCACAUCGAGCCCGUCGGAUGGCAGCACUUUGCGCACUCGUACGUGCGAGGCAACUGGAAGAACGAAGCGACGACGAGUUUCUCCCUGAUGGCCAAGUGUUGCCACGAUCUCGACAUCCUCUCGUACUACAUGGGCAAGGAUGUUCCCACACGGGUCUCAUCGUUCGGCUCGCUGGCCCACUUCAAGCCGAGCAAGAAGCCGAAGGAGGCUGGAGACGCCAAGAGGUGCACCGACUGUGCAUACGAGAGAAAGUGCCCGUACAGCGCCAAGAAGAUCUAUCUCGAGCCGGUGAUGAGCGACGCUCCGGAUCCGGAACGCUGGGCACAACAUAUCACCGACGUGGUCGACAUUGAGAACGUGGGCAAGGCGAUCGCCGAAGGACCGUACGGGCUGUGCGUGUACAAUGGACAGAACGAUGUGGUGGACAACCAAGUGGUCAACAUCGAGUUCGAGUCGGGCGCUACGGCCAACAUCACCAUGGUGGCGUUCUCGGAAGUGGUGUGCAACCGAUCGACACGCAUCCACGGCACACGCGGCGAGCUGAUCGGCAACAUGGAGACGUUCAGCGUGUUUGACUUUUCGACGCAGGAAAAGAGGACGGUGACGCCACAACACGAAGGUGGUGGUCACGGCGGUGGAGAUUUGGGACUGGCGAGGGCGUUUGUGAAGGCGGUCGCUGAGAAGGAUGCGAGACACCUGGGAGUGACGCCGGAGGACGUGCUCAGAAGUCACUUGAUGGUCUUCGCGUCCGAGACAUCAAGGAAGGAAGGCAGAGUGAUUGACUAUGGCCAGUUUGAGAAGGAGCAGAAAGCGUUGUACAGCCAGUAG